AUGUUCACUUUCCUGUUUUUUCAAUUAUUUUAUUUAGGAUUCUCAAGGAUCAAUUAUUUUAACAACGAUUUGCCUUUUCCCUUUGACAACUACACAAGCAAGUCAACAAUUAUAGGAAAAGGCCCUUCUUCAUGCAUUUCAAGUGCUCAGACAGAUGGAAGAUGCAAUAGCUAUAACAACUUCGAAGACUGCAGCUAUGAUGGCGGUGACUGCUGCCGAAAAACCUGCGUUAAAAACUGUUAUUAUUCAUCUAGUUCAACUACUCCAUCACAAAUGCCAAUUGAAAAUUUAAAUAAUACAUGCCCUUAUGAGUGUGGAUAUUCAGGAUACAAUUGUACAGAUUCUCAAGGGUGCAGUGAAUGCUACCAUGGGACUUGCUACACAAUCUCACAAUGCCCCGACACAUCAAUGAAAUACUCAUAUGGGCAAUGUUGCAUCUGUGAAGACGGCUGAGCUGGGUUUUCUUGUGCAUCUCCUAUAUGCUCUGCAGGAUGUAAACACGGAACUUGCAUUAGUCGAGACAAUUGUUCAUGCCAAACAGGCUGGACAGGGACUACUUGCAACACUCCUAUUUGUUCAAGCUGCAUAAAUGGGGUCUGUAUAUCCCCAGAAGUUUGUAAAUGCAGCUCUUCGUUGUGAACAGGCUCAAGCUGUGAUGAGCCAUUAAGCAAUCCAGCUUGUGUGAAUGGCUACCCUAUAAGCCCAAAUGUGUGUAAGUGUAACACUGGGUUUGGAGGCGACAUUUGUGAUACUCCAUUAUGCCAGUCAGUUACUUGUGUUAAUGGAUGGUGCAUUAAUCCUGAUAUGUGUGAAUGCUAUGCUCCAUAUUACACCGCAAAUUUGACUUUAAGCGUGCAUUGUAAUGAUAUUAACUGUGCUGAUGUAUACGGACUUUAUUGUACUUCAUGUGAUAAAAGCUCUUGUUUGAAAUGUGUUGAGGGGUUUUACCCGAGCGGAAUUGACUGUGUAUCUUGCAGCUAUUUACAUCCUGGCUGCUUGAAAUGUAAUAGCACGACAUGUUUCAAGUGUAAUUUUCCUUAUUCCGCAAUGGCUUCUGGAGAAGGCUUUUGCGAUUUUGGAGGAUAUAUAGAAUUUUCUAGUCCGACUUAUAGUGUAGUCGAUACCGACUCAGAGGUUGAUAUUCUUUUAAACAGGCUUGGAGGAAGCCUUGGAAAAGUUUCUGUUGAUAUUAUUACUCAAGAUCUAACUGCAAGCUCUGUCAAUAUUAAGCAACAAAAGUAUUUAGAUUAUCAAUAUUAUUACAAAACUAUAACAUUUUUGCAGGGAGAGACAAGCAAAACUGCAGCAAUCACAAUUUUCAAUACUUUUGAUGAAAGCUCUAGCUCUAAACAGUUUAGAUUGAUCAUGCACAAUCCAACAGGAGGAGCUAUUUUAGGAGCGGUGCAGAACACUCCUAUAUUGGAGUAUUUUUGAAGCGAUGAAGGAAUCAACACUUAUUCUUAUGCUACAGUUGAAAUCUUUGAUGAUCCAGAUGCUCCUUAUCCUCAAUCAACAAUUUUGCUUUUAGAUAAUGACCCCAUUGAUUUUUAUAUGCCCUACACAGUUAAAAAUAGCGACACAUUAGAACUUGAUAUAUUUUCCUAUUAUAAUUCGUCUACUCCAAUGGCAGAAGGGGGAUAUUAUUUUAUUGUGGAAAUAAGAAAGCAUGAUGAUAUUUACUCCGGAAUUACUGGAAAUUGUUUUUUUCCAAAUAAUGAUUUUACAGUUUCUUCCAGAUAUUAUAAAAACUUGCUAUCUAAUGAUAAUGGAGACGGGAGCUAUACUUCAAAGUUUAGUAUCCCAGACAGAGGACUUUAUACAAUUAAUGUUACUUAUGCAUUAGGAGGAGUAGAAGCAACUAUAUGAGAUAAACUGGGAAAUUUAAAUAUUGCUCCAGAGUUCCAAAUUCAAAAUAAAUUAGGGGCAUUUGAUUUGGAUUAUCACAAAAUCGGGACAGUAUCAACAUCAUUGUGGAAAGCAAAAAUUGUUCCUCAAAGCGAUCUGACGAAUGCAGCAAUUUCGGUAGUUCAACCGAUUAAUGACAAGAUAUCUGUGUAUAUUAAUGAAAACAUUUUGCUGGAUUGCUUUGGAAAUUGUACAAGCUCACAGAUGAAUUUUUUAAGCAGUUCUGUAUAUGAUUUAAUUAUAGAUUAUACUCACUUUAACGAAAAUGAGUAUAUCGGCUUUAGUAUAAGUUGGGUCGGUAGCUUUGGUAGCAAAGAAAUUGAAAAGUUGUAUGCAAUUAAGGAAAUAGGUCAAAAAUUUAAUGCUUAUAGUGUUCUUCCGGAUGAGUGUUAG